AUGUCGGCACGCGCGCCUGCUCCAUGGCAAACGGCCGAGGUGCGUGCCAGCGUCAAACUGCUCUGGCAGGCGCGCGACGCACUCCGCAAGUGUCAAGCUAGCACUGGCCUUGCCUCGCUCUUCACCAUGUGGCGCCAUGCUGCCAGCUUUGCCAAAUGCAGUCGAGAGUGCAAGCGCGUUGGACGACAGGCAAGACGACAACGCCUGUUAGCGUGCAUCCAGGAGGCCGAACAGGCCAAACAACGUGGUGACCUGAGGGGGCUUUACCAAGUUGUAAAACGACUAGCGCCAAAGCAGGCCUACAGGCGCGUCCAACUUCGCGAUAGCACAGGUAAAAUGCUGAAUGACGACGAAAGCGUGCAGGCGCUACUUGUGUACAGUCGAGCCACGUUCUGCAAGGAACCCACCUCUAACCUUACGGAACCCCUCCAGGCACCACUGCAGAUCAGUAUGGAAGAACUCACCGAGGCGCUGGGCCAGCUAAAACCCAACAAAGCAGUCCCACCCCACUCCGCACCCAUCACGGCUUACCAAGCGAACAAGUCACUGGUCCUACCUGCCAUACUGCAGUAUCUCCAACAGGCCUGGCAACCAGGACUCGAGCCGUUGCUAGACAAAAGUUGGACCAGUGGCUGGCUAGUUUGGAUUCCUAAGCCUGGCAAGAGCCCCUCCCGGCCCGAGAACCUCAGACCACUUGCCCUGAUGACAACAGAGGCUAAACUGAUAGCCACUGUUCUUAAACAAAAACUCACACCUUACGUUGUCAAAUUCCUUCUUGACACCCCGCAGUUUGCCUAUGUACCAAACCGCAACAUAUACCACUCCAUAUCCAAAGUUCUGGCCCACUGCCGACAAGUCAGAGAGCGCUUAAAAGCCUUCACGGAAAAUCUUCACAGGCGCCACAGUGGCGUGUGCCCCACCAAACAAGGGGAAAACUACGGCGCGCUGCAGAUCACCCUUGAUCUCUCCAAGGCCUUUGACUCCUUGCGGUGGGGGCACGUCCAAAGGGCAUUGCAAGCAGCAGACGUCCCACAACCGCUCUGCGCGGCAGUGCUCAGCCUGCUAAGCCACACUACCUAUCACUUGCAUUCUGGCGAAGCCAUCACAUCCCUGCGUAUCACCAACGGGAUACGCCAAGGUUGUCCGCUUUCACCACUGCUUUGGUCACUGGCCUCGGGCAGGAUAUGGCAAAUCCUCAAACAACAUAUGACUGAACAGGCAACGCAGGGAAUUACCCUCUACGCAGAUGACCACCACCUAGGACUUACUUUCCACGACGUUCCCACCUUCAAGCAGGCCAUCAAACAGGCUGGCAUUCUACUGGAAGUACUAGACACUGCUGGACUCAGCGUGAAUGCACAGAAAUCCGUCGCACUGCUGGAGGUGCGAGGAAAGGCACUCAAAAAGGCAGUCAAGGAUUAUGUCGCAAAAACUGCGCAAGGUCGAUGCUUCGUCCUACCGCAUCCUUAUAGCCCACAGCUGCCACCUACGCGCAUCCCACUCCAAACCACUGCGACCUACCUAGGUAUUGUCAUCGCAUACCACAAUUUUGAGGACGCAACCCUUAAACGAAACAUCAGAAAAGCACAGGGUCGCUACCAACAACUCCGGAAAAUCCUCAACGGCCACCACAACCUCACCCAAACCACAAGACUCCGCCUCUGGCGAGCGUGCAUCGAGCCCAUUUUCUACUAUGCGCUACACACCACAGGCAUCACAAAGCAGGGAAGUCACCUACUCUACACGGCCCUGAUCAAGCAGCUCAGAGCCAUUGGCGCAAGCCCUGUCCACAUCACUCACGAGUCCUCCACAGACCUCCUUGCUAGACUUGGCGUGCAGUGGUUCCACGAUACCAUGCAAGAACGUGGCAACAACCUACUGCAGAAGCUGUGUCUCGCGCCGCCCGAGGACGGAAUCUUGCAAGAUCCCCACAUACAAGCAUCCCUGCAGGCCUCACUUAACACCUUUAUGGAACUUAACUCAUUCUCUCCCCCAGAACCUGAAUGGAUUGCAGGUCCUGCGGGGUUCCGUGCACAUUGGCGACGCAUCCACGAGGACAUCUGGUCAUACAGCCUGAGUCUGUGCACCUGCCCUGUCAUGCAAGCCAUGGAGUACGAUCACUCACCUUACGUCGACGGGCUGGAGGACACAUGGGGGGACCAUUUUCGUCCCACGCAGCAGAUCCUACAGGGGUCGUUUCAGACACCGGGGCCGAAGCGCCGGCGAGGACCGGAGGAGUUUCCGCUCACACCCCCACACCCGCUCGGACAGCGCGGGGGGUAUGGGAUGGGUCAGCUGAGAGCCCAGCCUCACCCCACCGACUCACUCACGGCGAUCAAUCUCAUGACAGCCAAGCUCUCGCUCCAGCAGGAGGAUUCCCUGCAAAUGACACGGGCCGACCGUGGUUUUGUUCUUCACCUGGGAGGGACAGCGGGAAGCAGCAUCCUCGACGACCUGAUCCAGAAAUCCCACCAAUGGCAUGCAGCACAUCAGCCUGGCAGACCGACCAACUUGAAUGGCACCGCCCCAUCGGCAGAGGCCAGCGCUUCCACCAAUCGCUCGGAGAUGCAAACCCCGCUGCGCUCACUCUUGAUGCGAUGUUUGGUAAAAGAACUGCAGGACAGACUGCAGACCUUCACACAGACCAAAGACCUUCAGACGAAGGCCCAGGACACGGGACUCUACAAGGAGGGACAGUGGACCAUGUUGCGUUGGGACCCAGACCUGCAGAAAAUGGUGCCGGACCAGUUUCGAGCCAAGGUCACUACCGAACAGACGCUCCUGCUUCUUCAAGGCCUACACGAGUGCCUCGAGGACCCCACUCUUGUCCUUCGCUUUCACUCCCUGCGGAAAUGGGAAAUCGUGCAGAAGCAACGCAAGACAGUGAUGCUCUUAGAAGUGAGCCUUCGAAAGAGCCUGGUUCACAGCCACCUUUUGGGUCUCUGCGGACAUCCAGCUCUCACUAUGAUCGACGCGGCCCUGAAGCCGGAGGGCCUACGCCGCAGCCCGAUGGCGCAGCGCCUCUCCAAAAUGGUGGCACAGUACGAGCAAGAAAUGGGCCUGAUGGACCGUCGCUGUGUCACACUGGCCAGCCUAUGGACUAGCCGAGCUCAUGUUACGCCUCAGCAACAGCCACUAUGGGAGUUCUAUGCCUUCCUGGCACCGCAGCUGCUGGCCACUCUAUGCGAAGGGGAUUGGCAGGCGCGUCGUCACGCGCUGCCACAUGCAGAAGUCACUGAUCUCGGAAGCACUGUGCAGCCCGUCAGUUUGUAUGAUCUGCUAAACACAGAGUGCGUCCAGAUGCCGUGCUACACUCGGUCCGACUGCACCACUGAGCUGGUGUCGUACGAGCUCACAGCAUGCGUGUUGCAUGUUGGCGACACACCCAGGGCGGGACACUACACCACUCUUCUGAGAGUGGGCCAAGGGGAGUGGCAGCUGCAUGAUGACGCCCGAGACAUUAUCAUAUGCACCCAGCAGCGGGCCAGUCAACUUGCUGGCGAGCAAGGCUAUGUCAUCCUGCUUCGCAAGGUCAGCCCUAUCUUCGAGAUGUUCGACAAUGCAUUUGUCUUUUUGUUCCUGGCAGAGCUCGUUUUCCGCAUGUUUGUGGAAUGGAACACUUUCCUGAAGGAGAUUGCGUUUUGGUUCGACUUUUUCCUCGUCGCCGCGGGCCUUGUUGACAUGUACAUCAUCAUGCCUUUGGCUUCCAACGGGGGACUUUCAGGUGACCACAAGAACAUUGUGAUGCUUCGGCUCGUGCGGGCGCUGAAGGCGCUCCGCGCGAUCCGGAUGGUGCGCACUUUGCGCCUCUUCACAGGGCUACGGCUGCUAGUGAAGGCGUGCCAAUGCUUCCUUCCCUCGCUUGGCUGGUCCAUGGUGCUCUUGGGAGUUUUCAUGACCAUGGGCGCCCUGGUGCUGGGAACGCUGCUCCAGGACUUCAUCAUGGACCCCAGCAUGGACCUGGUGGACAGACAGUGGGUUUGGAUGCACUAUGGCACGGCCUACAGGGCGCUGUACACCCUUUAUGAAAUAACCUUCGCAGGAAAUUGGCCUACGAACGUGCGGCCGGUAUUGGAUAGGGUCAGCCACGGCUUUGUGAUUUUCUUCGUGACGUAUAUCACCAUCAUUGUCUUCGCUGUGAUUCGCGUCAUAUCUGCCAUCUUCUUGAAAGACACCCUAGACGCUGCCAACAACGAUGCGGAACAUCUUGUUGUGGAGCGGCUGCGGAAGAAGGCGGAGUACGUGGAGAAGUUGGAGAAUGUCUUUCACGCCAUGGAUGAUUCUGGUGACGGAAUGAUCACGGAAGAGCGGUUGACGUUCAUCUUGGCCAACCCGGUUGCCAAGGCCUAUUUCGCAACCUUGGAUGUGGACGUCUACGAAAGUGCGGCCCUGUUCCAUCUCCUCGACAAUGGUGACGGGGAGGUCACUAUGGACGAGUUCAUUGAGGGCAUCAUGCGCUGCAAAGGUCAAGCGAGGGCCAUGGACCAGGUGGCCAUGCGCGCAGACUUGAAAGCACUCGACUUUAAGCUCUCGAAAGUGGUCCGGUUGCUCAAGAGCUCGGGACUCAUAAGCAAGACCGCGCCCAACCAGGAAAAGGAGAGGCGGCGGCCCGCCAAGGUGCCAAAAGUUCUCAGAGAGUCGCCGGCGCUAGGCGAAUCCGCCUAA